AUGUUCGGCAAGCCGAAGACAUUUUCUUCACCCUCCGAUGCUCAAGCAAACGAAAAGUUAGCGUUUUACGUAUAUGAGUAUUUGGUCUAUUGCGGAGCUCAAAAAGCUGCUCAGAUAUUUCUUCAAGAGGUGAGUUUCGUUCUGCUAAAAUCAUUUUUUCUAAACCUGACUCCUUGCCGUUCUAGCUUCCUAUCACUAUUUUAUACAUUUGUGUGUAUGCCUCCUACUUUCUUCCUUACGCAUUAG